GGCUGCAUCAUCCUGCUGCAACUCCCGGCGGGACAACAGCGCUGUCCGCCCCGUGCACCUGAGGAGGAGGAGGAAGUCAUGCUAAACCAUCGGUGAUCGAUGAUAAAAAUCUUAAAAUAAAAUUUUUUAAAAAUGCGCACUCAAUGCAAAAAAGUGAGCUGAUGCAAAAACAGAAGCGGCAGAUUUUUUUUUUCCCCCUUCUCGGACGUGCUGCUGUGAAAUGAUGGCCGCGCAGAAAGCAGCUCUGUUUCCGGGCUCUGCGGGAUGGGCGGCUCGUCUUGGUACCUCGCUGCUGGUGCUGCUGUAGUCAGCCUGUCCCGUUGUCCAGUGGUUCGGCCGGUUCCGCCGGUCGGGAGUCGGCAGCUGCGGUCUGAACAACGUGUGGCUUUCUAAGGGAGAGUGAGCGGCGGAGCUCAGCAUGUCCGGAUGCAGCGAGCUGAGCCUGAGGGAGCUGCCCAUGGAGAGCUGGAUGUCUCACCUGCCAUGCGCCCUGUGGGACACCCCGCUGUACCACCUGGCCAUUCCGGGCAGCCACAACGCCGUAACAUACUGCCUGGACAUGAACGACCGGUCUCCAGUGGACCCCAUGCAGCCGGACAUGCUCCAGAAGCUGGACAAAUACAUGAAGCCCCUCAUUCGCCCUUUUGUGUACAAGUGGGCGAUAACGCAGGAGUUCCCCAUAAAGCAGCAGCUGGACUGCGGGGUUAGAUACUGCGACCUGAGAAUCGCACAGAGACCCAACGACCACUCCACGGACCUGUACUUCUACCACGGCGUCUACACCACGCUCACCGUCGAGACUGUCCUCACGGAGAUAAAGGAAUGGCUGGACGCUCAUCCCAAAGAGGUGGUGCUUCUGUCCUUCAGCCACUUCCUCGGUCUGAACCAGGAGCUCCACGUCCGGCUGCUCACCAACAUUCGCGACACAUUCGCCUCCAAACUCUGCCCCAAAACGGAGGUGCUAACUCUUCGAAAUCUGUGGGCUUUGGGCUACCAGGUGAUUGUGUCCUACGAACACAGCAUUUCCAGCUCCCACGGCGACCUGUGGCCUCACAUUCCCUACUGGUGGGCCAACAAGUGCAAAGCCGAGGCGCUCAUCGAGGAGUUUGAGGCCAGAAAGCAACACGGUAGACCAGGCGGUUUCUUCGUCACCGGAAUCAACCUGACGGAGGACCUGAAGUACAUCUGCACCCACCCCACCGAGUCCCUGAAGGACCUGGUGAUGUCCACGUACCCGGCGCUGCUCGGCUGGGUCAGGGAGCAGACGCCCGGCCCCAGAGCGGGCUCCCUCAACAUCAUCGCCGGGGACUUCAUCACAGAGAGCCACUUCGCACCCACCAUCGUCACGCUGAACGAGAAGCUGCUGAAGUGGUCCUCGUGACUUCUCGCUCUAGAAAAAGCGCAGAGCGUCUGCAGAAGCAGGGCAGACAUCAGAGCAGACAUCAGAGCAUGAAAAGUCGUUACACAAGUUUGUUUUGAUCGGAUUGAUGAAAACAUUUUUAUUUAUUUAUUUUUACCUCUUGAAUUAUUUAUAUGACCGUAAAUGCACUUACGGGGAUGCAGCGGCGUGCACAUUUCAGUUCAAGCAGACUGUUUUUUUGGGGUUUUUUUUUUUUAAUGCGCUGACCCGAACUUCUUUGUUUACAUUCAGUUCGCGCUUUAUGCAACGCACCGUAUCGGUUUUCACAAGUCAGCAGCGGGUUUGACGACUUGCUGACCGAAGCAAUAACUGCACAACUGAACUCCCUCCCCACCGCAGGAAGCACAAACUCUGCUGUCACCGUAAAGGAAUCGUAAAGGUAAAUAAUAACAUUUUUGAGCAGUUAUGCCGGUCAAAGCUUUGACACGUCGACUGUAAGACCUGUGGUUGCAUCAUGGAAUGUGGAAACUAUUUAUGCAAGUUUAUAUGCAAAAAUGCAUGAAAAGGAUUUCUUUGCAUGAACCUGGCACUGAUUGUUCUGUUUUUAAAAAAUGGCUUUUAACCUCCGGAAGUGAACGCUGCACCGCUGUGCCUGUGGAGACGAGCUGUUCAAACUUCAAUAAUCCCUAAAGAAACAUUCCGGUCUGGAAUAAGUGAAGGGGAAACUAAAAAACGUUAUUGAACUGUUGGAGAGCUGAUUAUUUAUGUCACAAUCCAUGAAGUUUAUUUAUGUCUCUUAAUUAAUUUAUUUAGAUUAAGAUGCAUUAUUUCUGUCCUCUUGGUUAUUUAGGUUGUUGCUUAUUUAGCACCAGUUUCCAACAAUUGUCAUCUCAAGGCACUUGUGUAAGACAAACACCCACUUUACAUACAGAAAUGUAUAAUUAAAGCAGGUGGAAAGUGA